UGUCAAAUAGAAAAUGAAGGCGACAAACGGCGUGGCGUGAAACGAGUUCAUUCAUCUUUCCCAGUUGCCGCCGUUGACGAGUCAAAUAAGUUCGGGUUUAAGCCGACGCCUCGUCAACGCGAAUAAAUAGUCAAACCGAGGACGUAGCGUGAUCAUUCUGAAAUUAGUGUCUUAUAAGGCAACACGCCUCACCGCCCCGCGAUAUUGACAUUUUAGUCAUCUGUGAUAAAGAUACGGAGGUAUCCUGUUAAUAAUUUUUAGGUUAAAAUCCUGUGAUGAUCAGUGUUUAAGGACUGUUGCUCGGGACGUUGUGAGUUUGUUCCUGUGACCUGUGCCGGGACUACGAAUAAAAAUGGGGUCUUCCUCCAUGCCGUAUAAUUUGGACAUAACGCCGAACUAUUCGUACAUUUUCGAUUUCGAAAACGAGUUUAUCCAUUACAAUCAUAGGAAAUGGAUGAAGGAAAAUUGGACGGUGGCGUUUUAUUACGUCGGUGUGUACAUGGCGUUCAUUUUCGGCGGACAGUAUUACAUGCAGAAUCGGCCGCGAUUUGAGCUCCGACGGACCCUUAUAAUAUGGAACAGCGCGCUGGCCUUGUUCAGCAUCAUGGGCGCCUGUCGGACGCUGCCGGAGUUCAUCCACGUGUUGAGGAAUCACGGCAUAUAUCAUUCUAUCUGCGUGCCAAGUUUUAUCGAGCAGGACAAAGUGUCCGGUUUCUGGACAUGGAUGUUCGUGCUGUCCAAACUGCCCGAGCUGGGCGACACGGUGUUCAUAGUACUGCGCAAGAAGCCAUUGAUCUUCCUGCACUGGUACCACCACAUCACCGUGCUGCUUUACACUUGGUUCUCGUUCACCGAGUACACCAGCUCGGCGCGUUGGUUCGUCGUCAUGAACUAUUGUGUGCACAGUGUGAUGUACUCGUACUACGCGCUGGUGAGCAUGGGCAGGUACCCGCCGCGAAUGCUCGCCAUGACCAUCACCUUCCUCCAGCUGUCGCAGAUGAUCGUCGGCUGCGCGAUCAACAUAUGGGCGCACAACUACAUGGCGAACGGUUCGCCGCAUAGUUGCCACAUCAGUCAGAUCAACAUCAAACUCUCGAUGGCCAUGUACUUCUCCUAUUUCGUACUAUUCGCCCAGUUCUUCUACAAAGCGUAUUUGUCGCCCAAAAAGGGCAAGAAGGCGAAAGUGGAGCCGUCAAUUGACUCAGACCUGCCCGAGAACAAGAUUAAUUAUAACGGGUACCCGAGACAGAGGAACGGCAUCGCCGCGCACUAGUCCUUGUGUGAUCGCUAGUUGUAUGUACAGGUUACGGCUGUUAUGUAGUUUUUGUGCCGAUUGGGGUCCGACACGCCGACGUCUUCCUUGUGACGUAUUGUGACGCCAUGUCAGUCUGUUUGACUGUCUGUUUGCUAUAAAUAAUAGCCUUAUAUUCUUACGCCAAAUGAUUAAAGAGCAUAGUUAUUUUGAUCAAUAAUAGAGCCUAGCAUGACAGUUUAAAAUAUAUAUUGAAAGUAAAUAUUAUAGCUAAAUGUCAAUUUUCUAGCAAGCGUUAAUAAUUGUGUAGAAAUAAUUUAUAACAAACUGGUUUUAUUAUUGUAUCAGUAAUAUUUACAUUCUAUUGUAAAACCCAGAUUAUUUAAAUACAUACAGGUGUUUUGAUUUUAUACUAUUCAAAGACGUUUUGAAUAUGUCAUACCGAAUUAUUUAUGAGUUUUUAAGGCGAUAGUAAUCAUUAUACCUUCACUUUUUCUUGCUGACUGCUUGAAAGAAACAAUAUAUUUUGUAGCUUAUGCCCACUGACUUAGAAAGUAAACUGUGCCUUCAUAACAAGCCGUUGAUGAAUAUUGUCAAAAGUUUGAAAGAGAUAAAACGAACGUGCGGCCGAUACGACGUUACAUAGUAAUUAAAGUGACAUUUACUGAAAGAGACGGUUGUCUCUUUCUACUAAGUUAACUGUGUGAUGUUCAUGCUCAGUACAUUAUCUACGUCUCUAGGGCGGCAAGGUAUAAUAGUUAACAGUUAGUCAAACAGAUGGCGCUGAUACCAAUAGUUGUAAUAGAUAAUAUCUUUGCACACCAUUCUUUUAAGAAAAAAUACGCAAACGUGUCACGCGUGCCUCAAAAAAAUCAAUGAAAUCUGUUUAAAUCUUAGACCCAUGUGACUCAAACUGGAACGCAAGUUGAGUAAACUUUCGAGAUGUGUGUGAUUCUUGCUCGCUCAUUUCGUAUUGGAAUGAAAGGGACAUGUGGAUUUUCAGUAUUUUCAAUAGAAUUUAUUGUUAAUUAGGAAGUGGGUUUCUCAUUUACCUAUAUAUAUAUAUAUAUAUCUUUCAUAAAUAUCACGAGAAUUAAUAUUUCAUAGAAAGUCAGCAUCAACAUCAAAUCGAAAAAUCCAUUAAUAUACAAUGAGAAUUCAUUGUCAAAUUAAAAAUAAAAUAUUCACAAUCUGCAACUCAUUAAAUUAUUACAGCUGUGAUAAAGAAAAAUUAUUAGAUACUCGACUCUAAUCCUAGUUUACUUGACUCUAGUUUGACACACAUGGGCCAUAAAAGUCUAAAGGGAAGUCCCAGCCGGUCCCAAUCGCCCCAAAUUGGCCCAAAGAGCGUCGUUCACGUAUCACAUUCCAAGCUAUUUGGUUCGCGCGCCGGUGCCUUCGGCUUUCAUUUAACGCUUUAGCAAGUGGCGACGCUGUCCUGGUGUUACUGUGCUUUUAUAUGGGUUUUGUGGAAAUAUUUAGGAUGGGUUCAGUGUUCGUUUGGAUUAUAAAUAAGAUAGUUUACUAUUAGCGACAUCUAUUGUCGUUAAUUGGAAAAUGCCUUAUAAAAGGUGUUGUCAGCUGAGAAAAUACAAAUAUGGGUACAUGUUUAUUUACUUCAACCCAUUUACCAGCGGAAUGUUUGUCGGCAAACUUGACAGUUACAUGACAUUACGCGUGUCACGGAAAAAUAACCUUAUUAUGUGGUUAAUAAUGAGGUUAUAUUCCUGUGACACGCGUAAUGUCAUGUAGCUGUCAAGUUUGCCGACAAACAUUCCGAUGGAAGAUGGGUCAAAUCAUAAAUCAUCAUAGAAAAUUCAAUUUAGAAUAAUAGACAGACCGUAGACGCUCAAUCAAUUUUAUAGUGUUUUGCGUGGACAGAUACUGAGCAUGUCUACUGUAGUAAGUAUGAAUUGUGAUAUGAACAUCUACUGAUCGUGUAUGGUACCAUAACGUAAGUGAAUAAAGUUCAAAAUAUGUAUAAAUGUAACAUAAGGAGCGCAAAGAGACGUUUCUUACAUUUUAACUGUUAGUACAAGAAGCUAAUGACAGUUAAUUGUAAAAUCUUAAAUUAGCAAGAUUCUUUUAUAUUGUAAUAACAUUUUUGAAUGUUAAAUCGGUGUACGCCUCAAUGACUUGAAGUGUCAUUUUUUUUUAUCAAUAGAGGCCCGUAUAAGUAACGGACAUUACUUCGUCACAUAUUUGAGAUUGCAAUAAACGUUCACGCCUUCCUAAAUUAUUUUCUAUGCAUUGACCUGUAUAAAAGCGUUAUACCAAUUUGUUGUUAUCGUAUUUAUUACUUAAUAUGAAUGUGCGAGUGAUUUUUUUUAAUGAUAAUUUAUUCGUAACGGGGUAGGUAGCUAUAACCUAACGCUGGUUCGCAACGUGACGUAAAUACUCACCUGUGUUGCCAGAGUACAAAAAUUGGCAGUUUUAUGGGAAACUACUAAUUGAAUUAUGAGUCCUUUUUCUGAAGGUAAAAACUACGUCUGCAAGAAAUAUUGCAUUGUACUGGUUAACAAUUUUAAACUGCAUUAAAUAUUAAGGUAUUGCUUCGAAAUGUACUAUUUUAUGAUUGUAAGGCGAUAUGACAGCAACACGCUUUCCUAUUUCAGAGGUAGGUAGAGAUAUCACUCCCAUAUUUUGCCAGCUUUCCAUGUACCAAGAGCGAGAAUGGAUAUUUUAUAAACUGAUUACAAUAUAUCAAAGCAUUAAAUGGUGACACAGGUGUGUACUUUCGAAACGCGUAAUCACAGUAAUUGUACCGGAAAUGUAAAUUAAUUUAGAUCUUUUAAAAUAAUUCCUAUAGACCUUAGACCUUGUUAAUUAUUUCUUUAACACUGUAAGUAUGGCUGUUACAGAAUUACAUUAAAAAUUACGGAAUUAAAUUGAAUAAAUAAAUUAAAUCAAACGCAUUAAGUUUGGUUUGAUUACACGUCUAGUACAAGUGUUGUGAAUGCGCUAUAGCUGUUGCGGUUUAAGGAAUAAAAUAACUUUGAUACGCUUGUCAAACAAGUGCAGAAAGUGUUGUGUAAUUCCUUUGUAGUGGGAUAAGCGAACUCAAUGAAAUUAACAAGAUUUUAUUUUCCACACGCCCUACACAUAGGGUUCGGUUGAUGACAUCGUAUGACGGAUCAGGCGAUGAGUUGCCAUGUACAUGAAUUCCAAAUACGGAUAAUUCGUGUGUCAAGUUAAAAAACAAUGUCUUGUCUAUGAUCGGUACAAGAACUUCGCGUUUUGUAAUCGAAUAUGGUGACACUUAUAUUACAAAAUGAAUUACGAGAUUUUUUGAAAUUAAAAACAUUCCAGAAAUUUGUAGGGAAAUGGCGAACAACAGAAUCCGUGAUACGCUGUUUCAUAUAUUUAAUUUUCCAAAAUGCCUUCUCAACCCUAAAGAAUUGAAAAAAAAGAGAACCAUGUAAGAAAAUGUCGCAAAAAUUUAGAAUAGUAAGUUACGUGGUAAGACAGCUGGGCCUGUUUGAAUAUUACAAAAAUAACGUCAAAAUCGUGCGUUCAAAUUAGCGUACCAUACAUUAGUUUAACAAGAUGUGUUGAUAAUAAUUAAACAUGAAUACAUCAGUAGAAAAAUACACCACAAGCGUGACAAGACUAUUUAAAACGUUUUUUAAUCUCGUAUGAAUUUACCCAUAUUUGAUUGUUAUCAACACGUGAUCUUUUAUAACGGCCAGCCUGUUACGAAGGGCAUAAGGAAUAAAAGUUCAAAUAUGAGUGUGCGUAAAGGCUUGUACAGAUAUGUGACAUGUUUUGUGUCCGCUGGACCAUAGUCAAUAGAUCAUAGAGUAUAGUUUACAUACUCGAUAGACGGCCUGAAGCACGUGUAAGCGAAAUUCGAUCGUAAUACUUUAUGUAAACGGUCGAUGUUUUAGAUUUAAUUAGAAUAGUUCAAUUGGCGCUUAAGACGGGUGCGUACAAAUUAUUUAAGGUGUCUUUGUAGCCGUUACAACGACUGAUUGUUCGGGGGCGGCCGCAUUUUAUACUCGAUAACUGGCUGACAGCAGACCCUUUGUAUUGUCAUGUCAGAUAAUGCAUGAGAAUAAAGUUGAGUAAAUAAUUCAUUGUGAUGAAGGUAUUGAUAAUUUUGUACAAAAUAUUUCAGGAGUGUAAAACUAUCUGAAUAACAAAUAUGUAAAACUGUCGCCAUUAAAUAUUUUUCAAAUAAUGUCUACUGUUACAGCCAGUGGCCUGUCAACUGUUUUUUUGUAAAAUAAUUUGUGGUUGCCCUCUUAUAAAUUUUGUAUUUGCGCCAAAAGGGCUUAAGUCACUAUUUGUGAUUUUUAAUAAUAGUGAAAAUUCGUUGUAGCCAUUUAAAAACGCUUUGGGCAAUACGAAUAAAUGCUAACAUCUAGAAAGUCUUAUUCCUUAAAGGUUAGAAUAAUAACGAAGCCCACUGUCCGCUAAAAUGGUAAAUAAAUUGAAAUUGUAAUAUUACCAGUGUGCAUACUAGUAUAGAUUUUAACAAGGAUCGAUAAAUUGGCUUUAUCAAAGUCGGUCGAAAGUAAAAAUUUACACAGUUGAAUACUUUCAACAAUAGUGAAUGUACAAUGAGUCUUAAAUUAUCGAUAACACUUUAUCGACUUCGAUAAGCUUAGUUCUUUCGAUCCAAGUCAAUUCAUUAGAAAAUCGAUUGAUUUCCUUGAGUCUUCGGCAAAUAGACUGUUGUACUGUGUUGUUUUUAAUAUUGAUCACACAACGGUAGAUGUUCGAUAUUUAUUGUCAUCACUAUGUCCAACCGGGGUGGUGACGGACACUAGAAUUCUAGAUAUAGUCAUGGGUAUCGGGAUAUACAUAGGUACUUAGUGAAAAUUACAAUGCCGAUGUAAAUGUACAAUCGUGGCUUUGCGCACAUGCUUUUAUCGAUAUCGAUAAUCAUUGUCGAUUAAUCGAUAGCGACAGUCGCAAGCCGUGGUCUACACCUGAUUAAAAGUACACAUCGAAGAUUUUUAUGACUUUUCCCAUAUUCACAGUUCUCACGUUUUUUUUAUCGCCAAUUUAAAAUAUUUGGAAAAUUCGCUACUUUUAAUUAUGUUGCACUAUACGACUAUACCAUUGCGUUUUCGAAGAUAUUAAUCAUAAUUAUUUAUUUUGUACAGGAGCAUCGCUCUUGAGUCGCAUUCUGUGUUCUGUAAGAAUCCAGAAGUUUGUUAUUGUUAAAUAUUUCUUUUGUAUGUUUAUUGCUUAUUUAUAUUAUGUACCAACGCGGUAAAGUUACAUUAUAGUUAUCGUUUUUCCUCGGAACCAUCUCUAUUGAAUCAUGGUACAAACGUCUCGCAUUUAUAAUUUUUUUUAUCUUUUCAUGCAUUUACAUACUAUUGUAGUACAUCGUACUCGGUAGAGUGAUUUAGCGGGUUACAGUUCCAUAAAUUCAAUAGAAUAUUUUGAAUAAAUAUAUUUUUGUGAACGAUGUUUUGUGGUUACAUUGUGCAGAUCAAAGAAAUACUUAAAUAUAGCGACAGAGCAUUGUGAUUGACUUACAAUGUUUAAAGUGGAAAUUAUUCUUGCAAUAAUUAAUUUGUAUUUUCUGGGCAAAUAAAGCGUUAAUGCGUAAUCAA